GCGUCACUGGCCUGCGUCAGUCAGUCUAAAAUGUAAACACUCCUCUCCUCUCUGCUCCUGCAGCAACAGCAGCUUCCUCACUGAGAGUUUAGUCGAGUUAGCGUUAACGUGAUGUCCCAGGCGUUUAAUAUUUCACCUGCGAAAGGUUUACAGUUUAGUUUAUUACUGUAGAUAUCAUAUGAUGUUAUAAAGUCUUUUUGGGGGGUUUUACAAGCAUCACAUUACUGUCAUAAAGUUAAUCUUAGCUAGUUUCAGGUAGCUAGCUCUCUGCACGCUGCUUCCUCUGCAGAGCAACAUCAUUUCUGCUGCUGUAUAUUUAAUGAAUGCUUAAAGCUCAUCCUUCCUUCUCCGUGCUGAAAUGGUGCUUUCCUUGGUGAGCCUUUGCGCCAAGGAGGUGGUGAGUGACCACAGCUCGUCUCCAUGCUGGCUGAGGUGGGUUCCCAGAGAGCUGUACAGACCUCUGCUGGAGGCCUCCUUCACCAGCUGCAGACCGCUGGCUGUGGGAGAACUGGUGCAGAGGUGGCCUGAACGCACCCUGCGGGUCGACAGACGCAGGAGACAGGGACAAACUGGGCCAAAUCGACUCUGCAUCCAAGCUUUAUUACUUGCAGUGGUCAGAGGACUGGCAGACCAAAGGUGUGCCCUGCAAGUACUGGACCUCUGUGGACUGCAAGGAGAUGAAGGAGGGAUGGGGGACUCCAUGGGAGGCUGGUCUCUGACUGUAGCUCUCUGCACCAUGGUUGUUCAAGCCAGAGCUGGAGCACAGAGGGCACAGCGGGAGAGGAAGAGGUUCUCAGCUCUGGAGAGAGAAAAAGAUGUGAAAAGAGAGAGGGGACAGCGGAAGAGGGGAAAGGAAACAAGUGGUGAUGAGUCAAGCACAGAUAAUAAGGAGCCGGGGGGAGAGAGGACAGAAUCGGGUGGAGUUCUGGGCGAAGAGGAGCUGGCUAAAGGUGUCAGGAGGAGGAUGGAGGUAGAGAGGAAAAGAGAGGCUGCAGGGACAGGUUCAGGAAGCAGUAGAAAGGAGACCGAAGAUCCAAACAGUGAUGUGUUGGUGCACGUGAGAGCUGAUCUUUUUGUAAAUGCUCGCUCUUGGGAGCGUGUCCGCGGGGCUCUGAGCACACUGGGACCCCUCAAGCUUCAGUGCAGAUACCUGCGUGCGGAAGAGAUUUCAGUGUCCAGCAUCAGGACCCUGCUAGGCCUCCUGCCUCGCCACGGUCUUGCGGGCAUUGACGUUCGCUACAGCAGCCUCGGGGUGGCUGGCUUGGCCGAGCUGCUGCCUCUGCUCUCCACCUUCCCUGCACUGAGCUCUCUUCGCCUGCACUACUGUAACUUGGAUUUUCGCAGAGACCACAAUGGCCAGGAAGACUCCCUGAGGGACUUGUCUCAGGGUCUGACACAGCUGCGAGAACUGCGACGCCUCAGCCUCACUGCACUGCGCCUGCCUGGGCAACUUCGUGUGCUGCUUAGCUCACUGCCUCAGCCUCUAGAGAUACUGGAGUUGCCAUAUUUGAGCCUGAGCCCGGCUGAUCUCGCCUAUCUGUCCUGCAGCCAUCAUGCCUCCACGCUGCAGCAGCUGGACCUCAGCGAGAACCGUCUGGAUGAAAACACCCUGACCUCUAUCCGCCGCCUCCUCUCCCAGGCUUCCAGUAGCCUGCAGCACCUCUCUCUGAGUGGCUGUGGGCUCACUGAUGGCCUGAUGGGACUCUUGCUGCCCUCGCUGGGAGGCUGCAGGGCCCUGAAAAGCUUGGCUUUGGCCCUGAACCCGCUCUCCGUCGCUGGCCUCAUGGACCUGGUGAGGAUGGCCGUGAGAAUGCCCUCUCUCCGUCAGUUACUGUACCCCAACCCCCUGGAGGACUACCAGCCAGGCCUUCCUGACCUGCCCUCCAGCGCUCAGCUCUUAGACUGGCCGCUGGAUGAAGCCACAGACAUCAACAUUACCAGCAGCCAGCUCAACAGGGUGCUGAUAGAGAGCGGGCGCUCUGACCUCUUUCUGACAUGCGACCUGCUCAAUUAUGAUAAAGACUUGGUGGACUGAAGGGAAGGACACAGGUGCUUUUUAGCUCCCUUACCAACAGAGCAAUGUACAUAUACCUGACAAUCAAAUCGUCACCCAAAUAAUGGUCUAGUAUUCAGUUAUCUGUUUUUCUUUUUAAUCUUUUGUUUAUCACCGUCUGUCUCAUGUGAAGGUGAAACACGUUCUAGGGAUGUGACGGUGAGGACAUUUUCCUCACUUUAGGAUUAGGCAACAAAACCUUAGUUAGGUUUAGGAAAGAACUACAUAGUUGGGCUUAAAACUACUACGUUUGUAAAGUGCAAAUUAAACAGAACGUUGUGAACACGGGACACGAACAAACAGCUGAUUUGAACAUAAAAGUGAAACUUAACGCACAGGAUUUACCGCCCUUAGUGUGUCUUUUUGCUCUUUAAACUACGUCUGGCGCACUUUCUCUGUGCGUUUACUGUUGCUGCGGAUGGGUUUACAUUGUAGUUAAUGGAAAGCCUGGUGUGUCUCAUACUGGGGCUAAAGGGUUCCUAGUGCGGCGGUAUUGAACGCAGACGGCCGUGACAAAGCCUUGCUAUUUCACACCCUGGGAAUGACAACAGGCUCUCUGAGUUAAGGGUGAUGGGGGGUUUAGGGGGCAGCCGUUGUGUCACCAAAGCAACAGGUUUGUUAUUGUAGGGAGAUAAGGUUGCAGUUUUUAAUAUUUGUUUGCCAGACAAAAAGACACAUGGAGGUGAUUACAAUACAUAAAAUAUCCUCUACUCCUUCAGGGAGACAAUAAUAAGCCAUGCUACAAUAAAAUGGUGCUAGACUACUUUAAUAAGUUCACUUGUUGACUGUAUAAAUUGUUGCAUAUGCUUUAUAAACAGGUUAACGGGGUCGUUGGGAUACAAAGAUCCCUCUGGUGGAAGAUUACAAGCUGUCUGGCCUUUUGCCUGUCAUUCAUAUACAGUAUCUGAUCAGCUAUUACAUUUGCAUACUACACAUCAACAACCAAAACUACAAGUUUGACAAUGGUUUCCUUUUAUAAUGUGUGUUUGCUAAAUAUUUGCAUAAUUUUGCCAUAAACCGGCAAUGAAUGUAACUGCAAAAUAUUUAGGCUUAUUUUAAAUACAUAACCAUUAUUUGAGUAAUGUACUUUGUCUUUCUGCUAUUCUAAUUUGUCAUACUGUGUGUCUUAAAUAUCUGUUUUAAAAUGUCCAGGAUUAUACUUUUUUCGUACUCAUUCAACUUAUAUAUAUCAAGUCAAAAAUCACCAUUAUCAUGAAGUGUCUGUACCAAAUCACCUUGUACCACAUGAAUGCAUUUACAUACUGUCAGUCACAGAAUAAAUCAGUCAUAAAGCAAAGUUU